GUCAAAUCCUGCAGCUGUUGGAACCAUGAGCACAGAGGGCCCCAGCCCCUUUGCUUUCCUCACUGCUCCGGUCAGUCCAGGGAGCUCCUCAGAGAUGACGGGCCACCUCCCCAUACUUGUCGCCCUGGCCUGCAUCUUCCUUCUGCUGGCCACCUGCCUGCUGUUCAUGAUGCUCUGCAAGCCGGCAGCACUGGACCCAAGCCGCCACCGGGCUCGUGAGUGCAUGCCCCACCAUCCCGGGAGCCCCAGUGAGCCCCAGCUCCGGCUCUGGAAGCGCCUGGGCUCCCUGCGCCGCUCCCUGCACAGCUUCCGCAGGGGCUGGUCAGCCUCUCGACACCCCCUGCCAAGCCGCAAAGACAGCCAGGACUGUGAGUGCACAGAAUCCACCAAAAUGUGA